AUGCCAGCAAGUAAUAAUAAUGCUAAGAAUAACAUAUAUCAUGAAUCUCAGAGGAUUCGUGAUAUUUCGGAUGAUCAAUUAUCCAAGAAUUUGGCUAAAUAUUCUUUAGUCUUAGAGAAAUUGACUACACAAUCCCAAGUUUCGAAACUUGUUAAUGUAAUUGCUCAAGAUCAUAAGAAUACAACCGAAAGUCUAAACUCAUAUAUCGAGGAGAGUCAAUUGAAAUAUAAUAGAGAGUUAAGGAAAUAUGAAUUGAAUAGAGUAGAUCUUACGACGACGCUUUCCGAUUUCCAAUCUACUUUGUCUCGUAUUACAAGUUCGAAUAAUUCUGCAAAAAUGAUAUAUUCAGAUAUCAAUACAACAGAUCAAGAAUACAAAUAUUUGAAUAAGACUCUCACAUUUCUAAAUGAUGUACGAACUUUAAAAAAUAAUAUAAUUUUGAUUAAUUCUGCUUUGGAGGAUUCCAACUAUGUGACUGCAGCUAAAUCGAUCAGUGAAAUUCGUAAAUUACCGCCACAUAUUAUAGUCUCUGAAUUUGCAAAGAGUGUGGUACCAUCUGCUGAGUUACCUACAGAACCUCAGGAAUUAAUUAAUGAUUGGUGUGACAAAUUGACCAAUAUAUUUAGAACACAAUUUGAAGCAGCUGUGGAAAAUAAAGAUAUUGAACAAUUAACAAUUUUUUUCAAGUUGUUCCCAUUAAUUGGUCAAUCUCAAUUAGGCUUGGACAUUUAUAGUAAAUAUAUUUGUGAAAUUAUUUCUGCUGAGAAUAAAAAAAUCGUGGAGGGUGCCAUUAAAUAUAAUGCUGGAUUUAAUACAGUUAUUCUACAACUAUUCAAGACAGUUUCAAUGGUUAUUAAUGAACAUUCAAAAAUUAUAUCCACAUGUUAUGGUGCUCAAUAUUUAACGAUAAUUAUGGAAAAGAUAGAAAAAGAGACGGAAUUACAAGCUAUAUUAGUAUUGAAUUAUUUUAGUGAAACGAGGAAACCCGCUGAACUAAUUAAACAAUUUAACAAUCAAAAUGAAGAGGAGGAAAGUGAAGAUGAACAAGAUGAUUAUGAUGAUAAUGAGGAUUCUGAUUACGAUUCUGAUACUGAUAUUCCAAAGGAAAAGAAGAAACAAAUUAUACCUCUAAACGAACUUGAUAAUUUGAUAAAUGAAUAUUCUCAAAUAUUACAGAAUUGGUCCAUGUAUACGAGAUUAUUCUCAGUGAAAUGGGUUGAAUUCUCAAAAAAUAAAUCAUUAGAUGAUCCAUUAUCAUUACCGGACCCAAUUGUCAAUGGUAAUUUCUUAUCCAAACUGCAUAAAGAACACCAUAUUGCCAACUUCCAACUUUUACUAUUUAGAUUUCUGAACGAUUCAUUUUCCAAAAUUAUAACUUUGGAAGAGAUGCCCUCUUUGAAUGAGUUUAUCACAUUAGAUGUAGUCAAUCAUAAGGACCAAUCUUCUUGGCCAAUAUCGUCGGUAUUAGAAGAUAUGACAUUGUUGAUUAGAAAAAGUUUGAUUUAUUCUUUAAAUACUGGAAACUUUACCAUUUUUGCCAACUUUUUGGAUAAGCUUAUUGUUUUUGUUCAAAAUGAAUUCCUUGUAAAAUUUGCUCAGGCAAAGUUUAAGUUGUUACAAGCCAAAUUACCAGUACAAUCCAGCACAUCUUUUAUUGCAUUAAGAAGAUAUAUCCCCAAAUUAGGAACCGAUGGAACCGAUUCAAAGCUAGGUUCUAGGAACGGUACACCAGCUGCAGAGAGAAGAGAAUAUUCACCUCAAAAUGCAAGUAAAUUAUCGCAAUUAAGUAAAUUUGAUUUUAGAAAUGCAUUUGCCAACAUCCAGUCUAAUUUACAAUCUGUGGUCAUCAGUGAAGAUAGCUCUGACAGUUCAUCUCUUUUAGCAUUACACCAUUUCUUAAUAUACAUCAACACAUUAUUUUUCGCAAAAUUUUCUCUUAAAUUAUUGUUAACAACAGAAAUAUUGGAAAAGAACCCUAGAUUAUUACAAGAUAAUUUCCCAUUUAAUAAUGAUGCAUUACUAAUUACUGAAAAGAUUGAGAAAUGUCAAGGGACAAUGUUAACUCAAAUCACAAAGCUAUCUACAUGGUCGAUCAAAGUUCUAUUUGAAAAAGUUCUAUCAAGUAGACUUCGUUUAUUAUUUACUGAUUUAUUUGUUAAUGAUAACAAAUCUGUCGAUUACAAACGCGGCGAUGAAGAGGACUCGAAUGAUUCCAAAUGUUACAUUUCCAACAUCGAAAGUUUUGAAGACCUAUCCAAUAUGAAUGAAUUUGUAAAUAAAUGGACAACUUUAGUGCAACCAUUCAGAAAUGUACUUCAUGAUGACGCAUUUGACAAACUAUUAAAAUCUGUUGCCAUUUAUUGUAGUAAAGUGGUUGAAAAGAAGAUUUGGUCACUGCAGGUGAAUGAACUGGGUGCAAUCAAACUGGACAGAGAGCUUUCAUUAUUCAUCAAUACUAUCUGCGGUACUAAUUACUCUCUAAGAGAAACUUUUGUAAGAUGUAGUCAAAUAGUUCUGCUGCUCGGUUUUGAUGAUGAUGACUUUAAUAUUCAAAGUGGUGAUAUCAAAGAUGACAUAUCCAGCUCAAUGGAUUGGGUUUUGAAACCCCAAGAAAGAAUAAAUGCCCGUAAUUUAAUGGUGGACAAAAGGCGCUGA